AUGUGGAAAUGGAAUGUGCGCAGAUGGGCGGGCGCAAGAGUAAACAUUAGCAAGAACCGAUUAAGUGUAAUUAACGUUGGAAGUAGAUACUUAUCGACCGCAAGAAGUCCACUGUCUAAGGUUAGAAAUAUAGGAAUUAUAGCCCAUAUCGAUGCAGGUAAAACUACCACAACAGAGAGGAUGCUUUAUUAUGCAGGAAUCUCAAAGCAUAUUGGAGACGUCGACACUGGCGAUACGAUAACUGAUUUUUUAGAGCAGGAGAGAUCCCGAGGUAUCACAAUUCAAAGCGCUGCGAUUUCAUUCCCAUGGCGAAAUACUUUUGCAAUAAAUCUUAUUGAUACGCCGGGACAUAUAGAUUUUACUUUUGAAGUGAUUAGGGCUUUGAAAGUUAUUGAUUCAUGCGUGGUCAUUUUGGACGCUGUUGCCGGCGUAGAGGCACAGACAGAGAAGGUUUGGAAGCAAAGUAAAUCGAAGCCCAAAAUCUGCUUUAUCAACAAAAUGGAUCGUAUGGGGGCGAGUUUCAACCAUACAGUCAAUGACUUGAUAAAUAAAUUUAUGAGAGGAACAACUACCAAACCGGUGUUGGUAAACAUUCCUUACUAUCGAAAACAACCGACUAGCAAUGAUUAUGUUUUCCAAGGUGUUAUUGACGUCGUAAAUGGGAAGCGAUUAACCUGGAAUCCAGAAAAUCCUGAUGAAAUUAUCGUGGAUGAGUUGGAUGGUACUUCUCUUGAGCAGUGUAAUCGUUGUAGGGAAUCGAUGAUAGAGACUUUGACUGAAUACGACGAAGAUUUAGUCCAGCACUUCUUAGAGGAGGCAGAAGGCGAUUACUCCAAGGUUUCCGCACAGUUUUUGAACGCUUCAAUAAGAAAACUGACUAUGAAGAAUAUGAUUGUACCUGUCUUAUGCGGUGCGUCUUUUAAAAAUAUUGGCGUGCAGCCUCUAUUAGAUGCUAUAGUUAAUUAUCUCCCUUCGCCCAUUGAAGCCGAACUACCAGAACUAAAUGAUAAAACCGUUCCAAUGAAAUAUGACCCCAAAGUUGGAUGUUUAGUAAACAACAACAAAAAUCUUUGCAUUGCUCUUGCAUUCAAAGUGAUUACGGAUCCAAUCAGGGGUAAACAAAUAUUCAUUAGAAUUUAUUCAGGUACACUAAACAGUGGCAAUACCGUUUAUAAUUCUACUACUGGGGAAAAAUUUAAAUUGGGUAAAUUACUGAUACCCCAUGCGGGAACAUCACAACCUGUAAAUAUUUUAACUGCGGGCCAAAUCGGAUUGCUUACUGGCUCUACAGUCGAAAACAACAUAUCUACUGGAGAUACACUAAUAACGCAUUCGUCGAAGAAGGAUGGGUUGAAAUCACUUGAUAAAAAAAAGGAGUUGACGUUAAAAAUCAAUUCUAUCUUCAUUCCCCCACCAGUUUUUGGUGUUUCCAUCGAACCAAGGACUUUAAGUAAUAAAAAAUCGAUGGAAGAAGCUUUAAACACUUUAAUUACUGAAGAUCCCAGUCUUUCAAUUUCUCAAAAUGAUGAGACUGGCCAAACGGUUUUAAACGGUAUGGGUGAAUUACACCUUGAAAUUGCCAAGGAUCGAUUGGUUAAUGACCUAAAAGCAGAUGUUGAAUUUGGUCAGUUGAUGGUGUCCUACAAAGAAACAAUUAAUUCAGAAACAAAUAUAGAAACGUAUGAGAGUGAUGAUGGAUAUAGAUUCUCCUUAUCUCUGCUACCAAAUUCCGAUGCCCUUCCUAACUGCCUUGCAUAUCCAUUAGGAGUCAACGAGAAUUUUCUGAUAAUGGAAAAAAAUGGUAAUUGGGAUAAAGAAUGGAAAUACCAAGUUUCUUUCGAAUCAAUUCUAAAUUCUAUUAUUGCAAGUUGCAUUGUGGGACUUCAAAGAGGCGGAAAAAUAGCUAACUUUCCCUUAUAUGCAUGCUCCAUCAAAAUCAAUAGCGAUUGGUCAGUCCCACCUGAUAUUGAAACUCCACAAGAAAUCUUAAAAAUUACUAGAAACUUAAUUUUUAAAGCUCUCAAUGACUUAAAACCUGAAAAAUACAACCUUCUGGAACCCAUCAUGAAUCUUGAUCUAACAAUCCCUCAAUCUGAUGUUGGUACGGUGUUACAAGAUCUAACAGGAGCAAGAAAGGCUCAAAUUCUGUCUAUUGAAGACGAAUCAAGCGUGUCAAAUUCUGGCGCAUCCACUUGUAAUUCUCCAGAGAACAGCAAUAGGAUAUAUAUUCCCUCUGAUGCUGUUACAACCCUACACGCAACCAAAGAUAAAAAAAACACUCAAGAGACCAGUUCUAAUGUAAAAAAAAUUAUAAAAGCGAAAGUGCCACUAAGGGAAAUUACCACCUACACCAAUAAGCUAAGGAGCUUAUCGCAAGGGAGGGGUGAGUUCAAUAUUGAAUAUUCCGAUAUGGAGAAAGUUACCAACGAUCGCCUACAAUCAAUACUUCACGACUUGUAG